UCGGUAUCCGGUCAUGUGAUUUAAUACCAAAUUACCCUCUUAUCUUGAAUUCAUAAAGUUAACCUUCAUUGGAACUUCACAAAAUAUCCGUCACAGCCUACUCAGCACAACCCACAUUCACCUCAUUUCUACCCCGCCACUACCACCACCACCACCACCACCACCGUCGGAAACAAAGAGAUGGGAAUCAAAGAUCUAUUAAGAUUUCUGAAACCAUACACCGAACCCGUUCACAUUCGGAUGUACGCCGGCAAACGAGUAGGAAUCGAUGCUUAUUCAUGGCUUCACAAAGGAGCAUAUUCAUGUAGCAUGGAGCUGUAUUUAAAUUCAGAAGGAGAGAAGAAAUUGCAGUACAUUAAUUAUUUCAUGCACAGAAUUAAUUUACUAAAACACCAUAAGAUUACCCCAGUUGUGGUUUUUGAUGGUGGGAGCAUUCCUUGUAAGGCUGGGACCGAGAACGAGCGAUACAGGAAAAGAAAAGCUAACAAUGAAAUGGCAUUGGAGAAACUUAAAGAAGGCAAUGUUGGUGGUGCAGUUGAGCUAUUUCAGAGAGCCAUCAGCGUCACUCCAUCUAUGGCACACCUUUUGAUACAGACUUUAAAAUCAGAAAAUGUUGAGUUUGUGAUCGCUCCAUAUGAAGCUGAUGCACAAUUGGCGUACUUGUCUAGCCUUAGAGAAGAACACGGUGGUAUCAUGGCUGUAAUCAGUGAAGACAGUGACCUGCUGGCAUAUGGUUGCCCAUCGGUGAUCUUUAAAAUGGAUAAAUUUGGUAACGGCGAGGAGAUCAUUAUAGAUAAGGUUUUCAACUCGACAAACACCAAACCAUCAUUCCAAAACUUCAACAACAGUUUAUUCAUAGAUAUGUGUGUCUUGGCAGGGUGUGAUUUUCUUCCAUCUAUUCCUGGUAUUGGAAUUGCUAAAGCUCAUGCGUUGGUUUCAAAGUACCGAAACAUAGAUCGUGUGCUAUCAGUUCUAAAGACUACUAAGGGUAAACAAGUGCCUGAUGAUUAUGCAAGAUCAUUCAAGGAAGCAGUUGCGGUAUUUCAGCAUGCUACAAUAUAUAACAGAAAAAGAAAGAAGCUUGAGCAUAUGAGAGAACUCCCAGGGGAGCUUUUGGAGUCAUUUGGAGGAGAAAUUGAUUUCUUGGGACCAGAUAUCACUCCAUCAAUGGCAACUGCUAUUGCUGAAGGUCAUUUAGACCCCUCUACAAUGGAAGCUUAUGAGUGUUCCCUGAGCCACAAAGUUUUUGGUUCAGCGCCAACUUCUGAACAAUAUGAGGUGUCUGCUCCAGAAGAUAUUGUAGAGAGUCGUUUUGCUUCAUCUAAACAGACCAGAAAACGAAAUAUGCAAGGAGCAGCAAAAUACCCAGCUUUUGAAAUUCACUCGGACAAGGACAAACAAGUACAGAGCUGCUUUACUGUAUAUUCAUCUCAAAGUAUGAAAGAGAGAAAAGAUUCAAACACCAGCACAACGGGGGUACCUAGGCAAGUUCUGAAGGAAAGGAAUUUCUCAGAUGAAGCUGCAACCCUUUCGAAAUUAGUCCUGACUUCGGAAGUUGACAAUGAUGAGGAAAUUUCUACUAUUUCUGAGGAGUUUCCGGUAAAGACACCAGAUAACAAUCCUUUCAGGAAGCGCAAACUUCGUUCAGAGAAAACAGAAACAACCCCUACAACGAAGUCAUAUGUGACAGAGGAUGAUCAGUUCGAGUUGAGGAGGCAAACUCUUGAUUCCCAGGAAAGUGUCAACUCUAAGACGCAGAAGUUGGAUGACAAUAAAGUACAGCUUAAAUCUACGAAAAAAGGAAAGAUCAGUAACUGCAAAAGCUCAGGUAAUAGAAAAAGUAGUAUACUGAAUUUUUUUGCUCGCAUUUAGGACCCAAUCAUUGUUGUAUGUACUUAAUUGAAAUGUCUAAUUUACUGCUAGUAACACUAGUCUGUUUUUCCAUAUAGUGUUGCAAUGUAAAAUAUACUAAUCUUUUGUAUGCUCAUCAAGAGAUGUAUUGAUCAGUCCGUUUUAUGUGGAGUAGCUGUUUCUACUUUAA